UCUCGCCUCCUUAUCGUCCAUCACGUCAGACUUCCAAGCUUCCUCCUUUCCAGGCCAACUUUUGACCCCAGAUUUUUUGCAAGGAUCCUGGCUCUUCGGCCCCAAUCAGGCCAAGCCAAGCCCCCGUCGAGACCCGGUUUUUUUCGCGUCAACGUGGAACUGGACUGCUUCGGGAGCCAUAACCGUUCCAUCGUCCAGGUGCCUCUACACACGAGAGACGCAGCACACGCAAUCCAACGCCGCACGUACAGAGACACGUACGUACGCCUGUUAUCGAGACGAGACCAGCAGCCCAGUCGAAGCCGCGUCAUCACUCCCGUGCCCUCAUCUAUCAGUCCCUCAGUCCAGCCAGCCAUGUCUUCGCCGUCUGGUUCCUCCCAAGGAGGCAAGCGCAAGAGGGUCUCCCUCAGCCGCCCCGACUCGUCUGCCGACCUCCUCGACAACGGCAUUCAGACAUCUUCUCGUGAUGCCUCGGCCGAGGAGGGCGACACCACUGCCGCUGAAGAUGGUCGCCCUCACCACCGCGCCGCCGCCGUUAGCGGGCCUAUUCCUAAGAGGCAGCGCUCCAACUCGGACCGCAUCAUCGAAAACAACGAUCAUACCCUCGACCCCGGCGAGCCCAGCGACACCACCGAGGCCAGCGCCGACAUCGCCGAGCGUGUUGGUCGAAAGGCCCGCAAGCCCUCCCUGAGGGAUCUCGACAAUGACAAUGACAAUGACAAUGACAAUGACGAGGACGAGGACGAUAUUCAGGCCACAGAGGCCAUGCCCCCUCCUCCCAUUGGCAAGUUGACCGACCCUGCCGGUGGUUACAAGACCAACCCUCCUCCCGUUGGUCGAGCUGUCCGUGUCUACGCCGAUGGAGUCUUUGAUCUGUUCCAUCUUGGCCACAUGCGCCAGCUCGAGCAGGCCAAGAAGGCCUUCCCCAACACCACUCUGGUCGUCGGCGUCACUGGCGACCACGAGACGCAUAAGCGAAAGGGUUUGACCGUCAUGUCCGCCGCUGAGCGCUCCGAGACCCUCCGUCACUGCAAAUGGGUUGAUGAGGUCAUUGAGGACUGCCCUUGGAUCGUCACCCCCGAGUUCCUCGAGGAGCACAAGCUCGACUACGUUGCCCACGACGAUCUCCCAUACGGUGCCGACGAGGGCGACGACAUUUACCAGCCCAUCAAGGCUGCUGGCAAGUUCCUCGUCACCCAGCGAACAGAGGGUGUGAGCACCACUGGUCUCAUUACAAGAAUCGUCCGCGAUUACGAAAAGUACAUUGCCCGACAGUUCAAGCGCGGCACCUCCCGCCAGGAGCUCAACGUGAGCUGGCUCAAGAAGAACGAGAUGGACCUCAAGCGCCACGUCCAGGACCUGCGCGAGAACAUCACCAACAACUGGACCACCACCGGUCAGGAGCUCGGCCGCGAGCUCAAGCAGUUCUGGCCCACCAGCCGACCUCAGAGCCCUGCCCGGUUUAACAGCGCCGGCAGCGCCGAGCAGCUGCGAUCGCCUACCACCCCAGGCGGCGGCUCCGGUACUCCCAAGGAGUUCAUUACCGGUUACGCCCUGGGUCUUGUCGGUGGUGUGCGAUCAUGGAUGACCAAGAGCCGAAGAGACGUGGCAGACGGCAGCCGACCCGCCAGCGACGACGAGUCGGAAGAGAGCGAUGCCAACGCCAAGACGUCAACAGACCCCGCGAUCAACACCCCGACGACCACCUCCAAGCUAUAG